AGCGCAACCGGUUACGGAAGUGUCCCCCCCCCUCCCCCACCGCCCGGCCUCGCAUUCGCUGUCGUGCAUCCGCAACACAAACAUGGUCCCUCGAAUGCCAAUGCCGUCCCAGGUCCUGCGCGCUGGGGCGCGCUGGCGCCAGCUCCCGUCCUAUCCGGGUAUAAAUAUGCGGCUGCCUCUGCGCCCGGGCCGCCCGCUGUCUGCUUGUCUGGCCAGCAGCACAUCCUCUUCUCCAGCGGCUCGAGAUCCGUCGACGACGUACUCACCACCAAAACCGUUACCGCAACCGCACCAACACCAGAAACCCUCGCUCAAGCGCCGCGCUGCCACCGUCUUAGUCAUCGGCAUUGUCUGCACCUCGAUCGGGUUCGCGAUGAGCAUAGCACCGGCGAUUCCGACGAUUAAGGGGGUGCUGAACCCGCCAACGGACGAGGAGACGCUCGCCAUGUUCGUGCCGGAGCACGACCAGGAGCGCGAGGUGGAGGAGUUCAUCGACAACCACCCGCUGACGCGAGAGCUGCGGAGCCGGGCAGAAUUCUCGGAGUCGCGGCCACACCUCAAGAUCCCGCAGCCGUUCCGCGGCUACAACCUGACGGGCGGCACGCUGAUGGGGCCCGGGCGCGUGGUGGUGCCGCCGGUGACGUUCGCGGAGCGCGGCGGGCGCUCGCUGGUGUCGAUCUCGUACAUCGGCGACGAGCUCUGCGGCCACCCAGGCAUCGUGCACGGCGGCUUCCUCGCCACGAUGCUAGACGAGGGCCUCGCGCGCUGCUGCUUCGCCGCGCUGCCCCACAAGGUCGGCCUCACGGCCAACCUCUCGAUCAACUACCGUGCCCCGGCGCAGGCAGGCUCGUACGUAGUGCUCCGCGCGAAGACGACCAAGGUCGAGGGCCGCAAGGCCUGGGUCGAGGGCCGCAUCGAGACGCUGGUCGGCGAGGGCGAACAGCCGGUAGUCCUCGCUGAGGCGACGGCCCUGUUCGUCUCACCGAAGCAGGCCGCGGUGAGUAGUGACUACCCCCCCCUCCCCGCAUUCUAUGUAUCACCCACCUGGUCCAGCCGUCCUACCCAUCCUCCCGAACCCACCUACGCCGUAGCUUACCAACGGGUCGGAACUUGCUGACUGGUCUCGCAGAUGAUGUUGAACGUGUACCCCA